AGCGGCGGGCGCGCCAUGGAAGGAGCGGCGGCGGCGGCGGCGGCGGCGGGGCCGGGCUGGGGCUGGGCGGCGCUGGUGCUGCUCUUCGCCGUCUCCCUGCGCACCGGCUCGGCCUGGCUGCUGCAACUCGGCCGGAGCCUCUGGCGCGGCGGCGGCGGCGGACGGGCGGCAGAAGCCCCGCGGAGCCAGGCGGCCCCCGCCCCCGCCCCCGCCGGCCUCUGGGCGGCCGUGCUGCGCCUGGGCUCGGGCCGCGGGGGCGCCGGGAGCUGUCCGGCGGCCGGGGCCCGCGGCUUGCUCGCCUCGCUCUUCGCCUUCCGCGCCUUCCGCGAGAACUGGCAGCGAGCCUGGCUGCGCGCCCUCAACGACCAGGCCCGCCAGCAAGGGAGCUCAGUCCAGAUCACGUUUGAGGAAAGUCCUCGGCAGUUGCCAGCCGUAACCAUCAACCACGUGACCUGCACUGACCAGUCGGAUCACAGGAUGGUGUUGCACUGUCUCCUUUCAACUGACACGCUGCAGUUCCCGGUCUUGGUUGCCCAGCAGUCCCCGGCAGCCGUGUCUAUGGACACCUAUUGCGUCUCUCUGGCUGUGCAGCAGGCCCAGUUGGAGAUCCGCCUGGAGGAGGUGGAGGGCGAGGGGCUGCUGGUCUCCUGGGCAUUCAAAGACAGGCCUGACCUGAAGCUCUCCAUCCCGCCGAGGCUCCAGCCACACUGUGAAAACGAUGGGAAGGCAGACCUGUCUAUUAUCAAGCAUCUGAUUGAAGACUCCAUUAUCAGCACCCAGCCUGCCAUGAUGGUGAACCUGAAGGCCGGCAUUAGGAAUGCCAACACGGAGACCAGCAGCAGCCGGCUGCCCCUGGGAUCCCUCUCCAGCUCAGCGCCUCUCCUGAUGCCCAAACUGCUGCUCCAGCACCUGCGAGCUCUGCACCUGGGGCCCCGGGAGAGCCAAGGAAAGGGGCUGCUGUGCUGUGAGGUGGAGCUGGACAGCCCUCGGCAGCAGAAGAGAACGGCCCCCGUGCCGGCCAGCCCGGGCGCUGGGGUGGAGUGGCCCGGCAAGCUGCUUCUGGAGCUGGGUCCCCGGAGCAAGGAGCUGGUGCUGAGAGUGUUGGAAGGCAGCCCUUCCGGAGAGGACGUGCUUCUGGGAUUUGUGGCUGUCCCCAUAGACCCCUCCUCCAAAGAACCGCAGGGGCAGCAGCUCUACCUGCUGAGUCCAGGGGCCGCCCGGGCUCUGCCCCCAGCAGCAGCCAUUGCCGUGGAGCUGCUCCACCAGGACAUGCCGGAGCUCCAGGCUGCCUCCUCCCUGCGCCCCAGCAUCACUCCCACCAAGAAGAUCGAGAUGGGCCGGACCAUAAUGCCCGAUGGGACUAUUGUCACCACUGUCACCACCAUCCAGUCCAGGCCCAAACUGGACUCUAAGCUGGAUUCACCCUCCAGAUCUCCAUCCAAAGUGGAAGUUACAGAGAAGGUCACCACGAUGCUUCCAGAAAAUGGCUGCCCCAGCAGAGCAUCUCCCUGCAGUAGCAGAAGCAGCUGUGUGUCCAACGGCCUGGAUCCGGUGGCCGAGACAGCCAUCAGGCAGCUGACGGACCUGACCAAUAAGCCUGCCAAGAAGACUCCAACCAAGCGCAGCACGCUGAUCAUCUCGGGAGUUUCCAAGGUGCCCAUCGCCCAGGACGAAACGGCCCUCUCCCUUGGCUAUGCCGUGUCCCUGCAGAGUCCCCUGCAGGAAGACUCCCUCCUGGCUGGCCUGUCAGAAUAUGCGCCACCCAGCACCUGCGACACCACGCAGCAGCUGGGAAGUUCAUGCUCCCCUCAGAUGGUGAGCCAGGAUCUGGAUGAAACGACCCAUUCAGACAUCUCCGAGAGACCCUCUGUGGAGGACGUGGAAUCCGAAACCGGCUCAACAGGCGCCCUGGAGACCCGGAGCCUGAAGGAUCACAAAGUGGGCUUCCUGCAAAGUGGUACCAAGCUGAUUUUCCGGAGGAAGAACAAGCAGAAGGAGGCUGGCCUGAGCCAGUCGCAUGAUGACUUGCCCAAUUCCGGCAGCGCCUCUGCCCCCAGGAAGAAAUCCGGAAGCUUCUCUCGGCGCCUCAUCAAGCGCUUCUCCUUCAAGGGCCGGGCAAAGAGCAAAUCCAACGGGAACACCCCCCCGUCGGUGGAGAAGCCCUGAGGAGCUGCUGUGUCGGCCGUCUCCCAAAGCCCCCGACCGUCACCAGUGGUUGUCUGCUGUCUAUGCACCGUGGCCCCAACCCCCCUGUCCUCCUGUGCAAAGGGAGUGAAGGCUGGCGGGCAGGCGGGCAGGUCUUGCCAAUAGCCAUAGGAAAUGGACGCUUGGUGGCAUGAGGAGUGUAAUGUACCCCUCCGAGUAUCUGCUGAGCGUCCUUCUUUUAGCCUGGGUGGGGAGGGGGCAGCCCCCAUGGCCUGCCUCCAGCCUGAAUCUGAAAUCCGUGUGUGUGUGUUGUGUGUGUGUUACGGAGAAGGAUUUUAUGGUGGCUUAUCCAACCCUCACCACUCUGCCUGCCAGGCUCUGUUGAACAGCAAGGGCCAGUAGCGGGGUUCCUUGGCAUCUGAGGGUUCAUGGGACAUGAGGAGGCUCCCGAAGGUCCUUCCUUGGCUGCUGCCAGGAGUGAGCCAGAGAGCUUCCAAGCAGAAGUCGCCUGCUGCUGCUGCUGCUGCUGCUUGCUGGAUCUCUUCCUUGGUGCAGACUUGGUGGAGGCACAGAAUGGAGGCCCCUUGCUGAGUUCCCUGUCUGUUGCCAGGCACAGGAGGGGGGGGGAGAAAGGAGGUGCUGCCUGCUGGACACAGCCCUGGGGGCUCCCCAAGAGAGAGAGGCUGGACUGCCCCGUGUCCUGGCGUCCAUCUGGAUGCCGCUCCUGACCCCGACUGGCAGUGCGCAUGAAUCGGGGGAGGACACUUGCUGAGGCUGGGCUGGCCCCUCCCAGCAGGUCCCUGGAAACAGACUGGGGGUGGGGCAACAAGGAAAUCACUGUUUCGUUACCUAAAAGUCAGGUUUCUGGACAAAUUUGGGAGAGGCUUUGCUGAAACCCCACGCUUCUCGUUGGAAAUGGGGGUGGAGGUGGUCAAAGGCAAUUUGAGGAGGGGGUGGCUGCCCUUUCCUUGUUGCAGGUUGAACCCUGUCUAGGCCCCCAACCCUCCACUGGAUUUCUCUUCUGACUGCUUGGGUCAGCCGGUCCCUCAGGGCGACAGGCUGGUGCCUGGAAAGGGAGGCCUGCAGCUUUCCCCACAUAUGGAGAGUGCCCCCCUCCCUGGCAGGCAAGGCCCCGGCUGGCCUUGGUCUUCAGGCGGGAGUGCCAGGGCCUCAGAGCUUCCUGCAGGGGUGGGGUCAGGGAGGUGGACUCAGCAGGCACAUUGCUCCUGCUGACCCUUCCCCCCCCCCCCCGGGGUGUCCUGGGAACCCUGGUACUGGAGGGCAGUUUCCAUGACUGUCCCUGCUGUCCGUUUGGUUCGGGGGAGGGAAAGCCGAAGAGUCUUUGAGGCUGAAGUCAUUGGUACAACUUUGCUGUGAAGACCAGCUGUGCUGCAUUUCUCUCCUGGCCUCCUGCUGGCUGCAACCCUGUGACUUGACUCAUGCCUGUCCGAGUGUUGCAGAUAACUCUGUAUUUGCCCAUGUGGUUCCUUUGCCACGUUUGUCUAAUCUUGAUCGGAUUACUUGUAGAUUUACUUUUGAAACCCUUUGGAUCCGGGCGUCCCAUUUUUUUCAUUUCUAAGAGGGGCAAGUGAAGAUAAAGAGUUAGCUCUGCAUUCUGACUUCUGUGGAACUUGCUGCUUUGGUUUAGGAACAGAGUGGGGAGGCAGGGGGCCUCCUCACCUGCCACAUCCACCUCAGAGCUUGACCAGCAGGAUCCUUGGACUGACCCCAGGGCAGCUGGACAAGUUGGCUUUAACCAGCUGCCCUUAACAUGUCAAACUUCAAUGCCCUUCCUCUUGCUUAGGAAAUGUUUGCUGUCACCCAGAGAAGGAAGGGGGCAGUCUGAGCCGUCUUAUGGGAGGAAAAAGUCGAGACAUCCGUGCAAUAAAAGUGAUGGCCAAGAACCAAUUUGUAAUCUGCUUAUCCGGCACAAGGCCAAUAAACAACACAGGGUCGAGGAAA